CUACCACUGGCUCUUAAAGUCUAGGUACUCCUCUUUACAGCUCCAGAGUGACAGAGGGAAAGGGUGAACUGGAGACAGCCUGAAGAGAGGGUGAAGUCAGGAGAGUGGUAGCAAAAAAAGAGGUCCUGUUUGUGUGCUCAUCUGCUGUGUCCUCAUUCCACUACCUGAGGAACACACACAAACACAGAGAGGUGUUUCAGGAAGCUUAGAGGGCCGACUCUCCGGGGAGGAAGGGAAUUAAACUGUUUUGUUUUGAUUUUACCUUGACUAUCCUCAGGAGAAAGCAGAAGGGAUUACGGCGUGCACUCCUGCCCCACUUGUUCACAUCUUCUCUGAGCUUUUUUUGUCUUCUCUGGGUUACUUUGGGGAAUUCUGGAUACUUCUUGAUUUGUUGGUGUAAACCCAGAAAGGCAUGGCGCUCGGACAAAAGAGCCCCCGGCUGGCUUUGACCCAGGGAUUCUUCAGCUUGGCACUUGGCCUGUUGCUCUUCUCCCUCCUCCUCUUUACCAUCGUGGAUGCGGACGAGUAUGACUACUACAACUGGCAGGCAGACAACUUCCACAAUGGCCGUUUUUACACAAAGCAACCCCAGUGUGUGGACAUACCAGCUGACCUGCGUCUGUGUCACAACGUAGGUUACAAGAAGAUGAGGCUGCCCAACCUCCUGGACCACGAGACCAUGCCAGAGGUCAAGCAGCAGGCGAGCAGCUGGGUGCCCCUUCUAGCCAAAAGGUGCCACGCUGACACGCAGGUCUUCCUGUGUUCUCUCUUUGCACCUGUAUGUCUGGACAGGCCCAUCUACCCGUGCCGCUCCUUGUGCGAGGCCGUCAGGGACAGCUGCGCUCCAGUAAUGGAAACCUACGGCUUCCCCUGGCCUGAGAUGCUGAACUGUGACAAGUUCCCCAUCGACAACGACCUCUGCAUCCCCAUGCAGUUCGCUGCAAACCACGUAACCCAGCCACCAGUGUCGAAUGUUUGUCCCCCGUGCGACAACGAGAUGAAAGCAGACAACAUAAUGGAGCACUACUGCGCCAGUGACUUUGCCCUCAAGAUGAAAAUCAAGGAGGUGAAAAAGGAAAAAGGUGACAGGAAACUGAUUGCGGCACAAAAGAAGAAGAAGGUUUUGAAGCAGGGUGUGCUCAGGAAGAAAGACCUAAAGAAACUGACCCUGUACAUAAAGAACGGGGCUAACUGUCCGUGCUCCCAGCUGGAGAACCUGGGCUCCAACUUCCUCAUCAUGGGUCGCAAGGUGGACCAGCAGCUGCUGCUCAUGUCUAUUCACAAGUGGGACAAGAAGAGCAAGGAGCUCAAGUUUGCCAUCAAGUACAUGAAGUCUCAUCAGUGUCCCACCUACCACUCUGUCUUCCAGUGACACAGCUCGCUGCAGCAUUUACAGGAAUCUUUCCCACAAUCCACCUUGUUUCAAAAUGACAAGUUUUCAUCGGUUUUAGUGGAAAUCAGACGGUCACCAGCACCUCCUCCCUCACAUAGUCACAAAUUAAAUCAGUACAUUUUCUAAAACUGCAUAUUGAUGCACCUCGUUAAACUAAAAACUAAAUCAUUCCUUUGUUUUUAUAUAGCAGAACCAGUUAAACUGUAUCUUACAAAAAAAUGUUGUACAAUUCAAGCUAAAAAUAAGAUGAUUGUAAUGAAAGUGAAACUAUCAGGAAGCAAUGUGUCAAAAAGAGAAAGGUAACAGCAGAAAACGAAUGAUUCACCUAACAUUCUGUUUCAUAAUGUAAAAAGUAGAAAAUGCAGAUGAAAUGUAGACGGUUAGAAUUUUGUUUUCCUGUUUUGAAUCCCUGCUGAGGAAGAAAGCCGAAGGAAUUAAGAGACUGAUGCAGCGACCUUUUUGUGGCCUUAAAAGAGAAAAUGUGUUUGGUUGUCAGAACAAGAAGGAAGUUAAAGCAGAGAAGAAUCUUCCGGAAAACGAGAAACGAAUGAAAGAAUCAGAAUGAGACAGAGACUCUGGACACAACCAACACAGUUGGAUUAUGAAGCCUCUGGUACUUCGCUAGUUUUGGUGUUUUUUUGGUGGAUUUUUUUGUACCUAAAUUCUUAAAUUUGCUACAGUUAAACUUUUAUGGCAUGAAAGCAGAAAUUUUGCAAACAGACAUAGCACAAGGAUACACUGUUGCUGUAGCCAUGAAAUACGAACAUUUAAAUUCAACAGUAUUGUUUAAUCCAUUAACCUGUAAGUAGUUCUGUUGCAGAAAUACAUGAAAAUUAAUAAAUAAAAUAUAUUUGAAAGUUUUAUAAAGAA